CAUAAGAAUGGUUCCGUGCAUAUAAGACCUAAAAACAACAACAAUACAAAUAGGUACAUCAACAUAAACUUGGCACGCAGACCAUACAAAUAACCAUAAAAAUACAUCAAUAUACUAUCAAACUCAUCAAAGGGAACCACAUGUCCAGCUCUUGUAAGAUCCAUGUUGCGGCUGGUGCAACUCAAGCCAAGCACUACAUAUACUCCCUCUCCAAGGACCCGUACUCAAAUCUCUUGAUCAUCAAAAGGGGUACUUCAAACAUCAGUCCAAAAGUGCAUCAUCCAUGAAAGCGCAACCCAGGGGCCAAUCCAUCCAAGGUAGGUGCUCUGCUAUUCGUGCCAUAAGUCCCAUCAAUCAUCAACGAAUAGGUUGGGGUAAUCUACCAGUUAGCCAAGGGGCCAAUCCCCGAGUACCGGAAGUUGCCACCCACAUCGAGGAAGACAACUUAAACACCAAAGUGACCGGAGCGAAACACUCAACCCUUCAGAUCCAUCCCUGUGGUGUAGGCAGAGUUCCCUCAAGGUAUUUGGUAAGCAUCCAUCCUCAUCCAGACGGGACACGAAUUCCCUAGGUUGCCCUAUAUGCCUGCCUUCAUCUGCUGUUGUGCUUAGUUUGAGUUCAGACACAACAUGUAAAUAUGCAGGGACCAAAGAGACAUCAACCUUCAAAACCUAAAGAAACGGCCCUAACAGCCACAAGAUCAACUUGAUAGCCAAUGUGCCCAGUUCUUCCAAAUACCCCAACCGAAAGGGCAAAGAAGAAUCGGUGCACGGCUGCCAGUAGUCCCAUGUAGCACAGUAAAAGCGCAACCCAGCCCCCAAAGUAGUGUAAUCAUCGAAGACAGCCCUUCCCCAUCACAAGGGAUACGCCAUGCACAACAAACUUCAUUCAUAAAGCGCUUGCAAACCCAAACAAACCUCAAAAACAGCAGCUCCACCACUAAUUAACCCAGCCCACACGUUUCUCAAAGCCAUACUCAAAGUUCGAUGUUCAACAACAGCUUUAACCCACCAAAUAACCCUCAAAUUCCAGCAGCACUCCAUGAAACCAAGAAGCCACUGUCCAAAUCGCAGGACAUUGGCUUAUUUUCAGGAGCACUCUUAAAUUCAGCCCUUUGGAAGCCCAAACAGCAGCUCCAGUAGUACCAUUUCAGUUCCAAUAUCCAGCCCAGGCACAUAACAAAGUAGUUAGGCAGAUUGGAGGUCCAAACAGUAACUUUCGGAGGGAUAAUGAUCAGCGUUUUCAGGUUCAAAACUGCGAGGACAUGGGUUCAACUCAGUCACUCAAAAACAACUGCCCCAAUUGUGGCCGGCAGUGUUCCAGCAGUCCAGUAGCGUCAAAUACCUGCCAGAGACAGCUCAAAACCUAUAAUUUAUCAACUCAUUUUGUGGCAAACUUCCACAAAGGCCUGCCCAAAACCCACACAAACCAGCAACCAAUAUUCCAGCCCAUACGUUGCCCAACAUUCCCAACAGUUCCUCAAUUCCAGCAUCUUCAUCACAUCACCAAAGGAGUGCCAAAAUGCCACUAAGUAUUCACAUCAGCAGCCCAACCCCAAUGAAGUUUACCACUCCCCAAUUCAAACGGUCCAACAAAAUAGGUAAGCCAUGGGCAGUAAACUGAGUUCUUAGCAACCAAGCUAAUAGCUGGAAGAAUACAAACCUAAUGGCUGGAUGUACGCAACUUGAUCUCUAUGUUUAAAACAUAGAACGACUAUUCCUGGAUAUGAUGAUCCAUGAUGAGCGCCAAGAGUUGCAUUACAUUAACUGACUGCUACUUCACUAUAAAAGAUGUGUAGUCAGUUUGAACUUUGAAGAGUCAUUUUAUUUUAUUCCAUCAUAUCCCAAAGCUAAAAAAUAUUGAUUAUUUGGCUUCGUGCCUCCAUGGAGAACAAAAUCAUGUCUUUAUUUACUUUGAUGUUAAUAAAAGAUCACAUCAGGAAGAUAAUAGAAUUGGCUAAUUAAAGAUGAUAUCAAGAAAACGACAAAAAAAAAAUCUACGUACAUAGUAUAAAAGUAUUGGAUGGUAAGAAAAGUUAGAAAGGUAAUAAGGGUACUUAACAAAAGAAAUAAAUAGUAUUUUUUCAAAUUACCUGCCUAUGUCCAUUGCUAAAUUGAUAGCUGUCAAUGAACUGAGUGCACCCUUCCCCUUCAAGUACUGAUGAAGAACACCGUGUAAAUAAGUUAUUGUUGAAAGAAAAUCCAACCAUAGUGGGAAAUGGACCAUAUUUAACCCCAGCAACAACCAAAAGAUGCAAACCAUAUACCCUCCCCCCUCUUCAAAAACAACAUUUGGCAAAUAUUUACGGGUAUUAGAUAUUUGAAAAUAGAGAAAAGUCCUUUAGAUUCCAUCAUAAACUAAAAUGAAUCAAAAUUAUCAAAUAAUUCAUUAAAGCUAAAUACAAUUAGAUGCAAAAUUUACCUGAGAGUUCUUCAAAUGAGCCGUACAAUAGCUCAUUAGAUUCACGGACAUUCCCUAACACUCUUUUAAUAAAUAACUCAAUAGCUCAUUAGUAAUUUUAAUAAAUAGUAAAUCGAAACAGGUAUUUGAUUCACAGAACAUAAUUACGGAAAAGGAAUCUAAAUUAGGUUUGGAAUCUCGCUCAACACACGAUUCAGAAUCGAAUAAUUGACCGAAAAAAUUGGGGAAAUUGUAGAGAAGUGCUCGAAAUAGGUAUGGAAUAGGAAUAAUUCAGAAUCUAAAGAGGAAUUUUGGGAAAAAACCUGGAUCUUCAAGCACCCUAAGAAUCCGCGAAGAAUCUACAUUAGCUUGACAGUGUAGAUUUCGGAAAUAAGGCGAAGAAUCCGGGAAGGAUUCCUUGUAUUUCUUCAAUUUGCCAUAUCUGGGGGAAGAAGUUUUUUUGGCAAUGAAGAAAGACAAAAUCGCGCAGGAUUUUGUUUGCCAAGAAGAUGGUCGCGAGAAAGAAUCGGUAUGGGAAGGAGCUUCAGAUUCCAGGACGCGGACGCGUGUCAUCU